AUGCAGAAAAUUGAUGCUCAUCAAGAUUUACAACAAGCAUGUUCAUCAACAGCAAGUAGUUCAAGUCAGUCGGGCAACACAUCAAAAGAAAAGUCUAACAAAGUGACUGGUGCGGACCCCACAAAAGCUCCAUGCAAAAAAGCAAAACAGGCAAGACGAGAGAGAAUGUUAGAAAAACUCCAAAAGAAGGGUAUUGAUGUUACAACUUUAGAUAAUACCAGCAAGAAUAAAGAAAAAACCAUUGAGGACAUUAUUAAUGAACUACCAGAUAAUGUCAAGAGGAAACUUGAGAUAAAAUUAGUGAGAACUGAACCACCGAGUCCGGAGUGGUUGGCCACGAAAGCAGAAAGCCAUGAAGUUUAUGUGAAAUACCAAACUAUUGUUCAUGGAGAUAAACCUGAGAAAUGUACUGAACCUAAGUUCCAUGAUUUUUUGGUCCACAGUCCAUUACUGGAAGAAUAUUCUGAAGUUGGUCCCCCAUGUGGAUAUGGUUCAUUCCACCAACAGUAUUGGCUGGACGGAAAGAUUAUAGCCGUUGGUGUUAUAGACAUACUUCCAAGAUGUAUAUCAUCAGUAUACUUCUUCUAUGAUCCCCAAUAUUUACACCUGAGUUUAGGAACUUAUGGAGCUUUAAGAGAAAUAGCAUUCACAAGACAGUUACAAAAGAUUUGUCCUAAUCUGAAGUAUUACAACAUGGGAUUCUACAUCCAUACAUGUACUAAGAUGAGAUAUAAGGGGAAAUUCCAUCCAUCGGACCUGCUAUGUCCCGAGACCUUCAAGUGGUUUCCGAUCAAGGAAUGUAUAAGAAAAUUAGAAAUAUCAAAGUAUUCAAGAUUUGAUCCUGAUCUCGAUGGUGUGGAUGAAAAUUAUCCCACAGAUAAUGAUGUGAAUAAUAUAAAAGUUUUAUCUAACGGACAAGUGCUAAGUUACAAAGUAUUCAAACGGAAAGCUGGAAGGAAAUAUAAUGAAGAAUUUGAAGUUCUUGAAUAUGCGAGGCUCGUUGGUGGCAAGACCGCUAGAAAUGUUAUCCCGGCAAGGUUAAACGUGGCGUUAAUGAUGUUCUUCGCCUGCUGGGUCAAUUACAUGCUGCGUGUUAACAUGAGCGUCAAUAUCAUUGCCAUGGUUCCUGAUCGCGGUGAAACUAAAUCGGUACAAAGCGAAUGUGAGGCCAUCACUAAUGACGACACUUCAUUACAUAAUAGUACGACAGUGGUUACACGACAUGUCCAACAGCCCGAUGGAUCUAUAACUUUUGACUGGACAGCACAACAACAGGCGUAUGUGCUCUCUGGUUACUUCUGGGGUUACGCAAUCACUUGCCUCUUCAGUGGUAUAGCAGCGGAGAGAUGGGGUCCAAGGAAUGUAGUCUUCAUAUCCAUGUUGAUAUCUGCGGUCCUCACAAUUCUCAUUCCUCCAGCAGCAAAAGUACAUUUCAUGAUGCUAGUAGCUACUAGAUUCGUCAUAGGUCUUGCUGCGGGCUUCCUUUUCCCGUCCCUACACGCGCUUGUUGCUCAUUGGGCUCCACCAGCAGAAAAGGGGAAAUUCGUGAGCGCUCUUCUAGGAGGGGCCAUAGGAACCGUCGUCACCUGGUCGCUAAGUGGACCUCUCAUUGAGAACUUUGGGUGGACUUACGCAUUUUAUGUACCAGGUAUUAUAGCCAUAGUGUGGUGUGCUGCAUGGUGGUUCCUUGUAUAUGAUUCUCCCGUCAUACACCCACGUAUCAGCGAAGAAGAAAAGACGUACAUCCUAAGUGCCAUUGGAGAUAAAGUGCAACAGAGUUCCAAGGAGCAUAAAAUUGUUCCACCAUUUAAAGAUAUAUUCACGUCGUUUCCGUUCCUCGCCAUGGUUAUCCUUCACUAUGGUAACACAUGGGGUAUAUACUUCGUGAUGACAGCCGCACCAAAAUACGUGUCAAGUGCUCUCGGAUAUAACUUGACUUCAACAGGCACUCUGUCAUCACUACCUUAUCUUGCGAGGAUGAUAUUUUCACUGAUAUUCGGAGCUAUUGGUGACAGAAUCGUCAAACAAAACGUAGUAUCCACGACAUUUAUGAGGAAGUUCUUCUGCUUAUUCUCCCACGUGGUGCCGGGUCUGCUACUCAUCGGGUUGGGAUACACAGGCUGUGCUCCCAUCUUGUCAGUGGCUCUUAUUACCUUUUCUAUGGGCUCCAACGGUGCUGCUACACUCACUAACUUAGUGAACCACCAGGACCUGGCGCCAAACUUCGCCGGCACCAUUUACGGCAUAGCCAAUGGUAUUGGUAACACAGCCGGUUUCAUAACACCGCUUGUGACUGCCUACUUCACCAAACAUGGGAAUGGUUUUGCGGAAUGGAGGCCAGUUUUCCUCACGGGAGCCUCAAUAUAUAUUGCUGCAGCGGUUUAUUUCAUUCUCUUCGGAACCGGUGAAACGCAGUCGUGGAAUUACGUCGCCCCAGCGGAAGAUGAUAGAAACAAGAGGCCAACUAACAACAGUGAAGAAACCACCGUCAAUAUACCAGUUAAAACAUAA